AAAAUUAAUUAAUAUUGCACUGCCGCCGGCCGGCUGAGUGUAGCGCUAGCUGUACUUUCUUCAGUUUUCAUGCUACAGGCAGCUUAUACAUGACUGUACUUAUACUGUUAUAGAAGAGUUGUUGUAGGCAGCGAGGUGGUGUUAGUUUUGCUGCUUCGUGUCGAAGUUUGUUGGGGUGCAGGCUAUGUAAGAAUCUGUGUAGGUUUUCAUUGAAGUUUCCUGGUGCCUCGGAGGCUCUAUUCGACUGCUACAUACCAUCACGACGUCGAGAACCGGUACACCGUUGGCGUUGAUCUACAUGUACAGCCUAUCCGCCCACGACGUUCCAAGUCGUGUCCAGGAUUCAAGCAAACCGUGACUCCAGGCUGCAGGAGCGCUCGCCGCUCGACUGUUCAUCGUCCCCAUUUGUCAUGGUGUUCAAGUGAUCAUUCUGGGUUUAUUUUGGUGCGGUUUGUUGCGUGCACAUGCAUCAACAGGUGGUGACUGACGUCCGUUACUUUUGUUGUCGCAGUUAUGGCUGCAGCAGAGAGUCACACGAGCAAAACAUGGCCAUGGUCAAGCCGGAUGUUCCGCGGGUGGAUCCCACACCUCCAAGCAACGCUCAGCUGCGGUGAACUUCGAGUGGAAUGCUGUGCCAAGCGGUUGAUCUCCGAAGCGCAGAAGAAGGAAUUGAUGACGAUAAAAGAUUCUGCCAAACACAAUGACCGACUGCUAGAUAUUCUGAGGAGGGGUACAGCUGAGACCUUCCUCACCUUCUGCAAUAUUGUGCGUAGCAUCGAACCUAAAGCAAAUGUUUCAAAGUUCCUAGAUGACAUGCAGUCAGUGUAUAGCUUCGUUGCAGGCAGUGAAGAUGCAGCAACUAGAAGUCAAGCAGGCAACACAGGGCCAUGGUCAAGCCCGGAGUUCCGCGAGUGGAUUCCACGCCUGCAAGCAAGGCUCAGCUGUUGCACAAUCCGCACAGCGUGCCUGUCCAAAGGCCUGCUCACCGAUACGCAGAAGAAGGAAUUGAUGGGAGUAGAAGAUGAUUCGGCCAAACACAAUGACCGACUGCUAGACAUGCUGAGCAGGGGUACAGCUGAGACGUUCCACACCUUCUGUAGUAUAGUGCGUAGCACUGAACCCGAAGCAAACUUUUCAAAGUUCCUAGAUGACAUGCAGUCAGUGGAUACCUUUGUUCCAGUUUCUACAGAAUGCAAGAAAGACUGCAAUAAAGUGUUAGACCUGAUGAAAGAGUUCUCAUCACCGGAACGUCAACGGGUGGUCCACACUGCCGAGGAUGUGGCACGAAUGCGCACGUCACAGACCGUCCUUGACAGGAGAAAGAAACCCAUCCACUUACCACAGCCAACCUCGCCUGUGACCAUUGAUCUGCUGAGGAUGCAGAACAUGGGAGAAGAACAACGACAAGCAGUGUUGACUGAAAUCGAUCGCUUGGCGUCUAGCGCUAGCAUCACUGAUGACCGUGUGGCGCAGGAAUUGCAGUACCAGGGUCAGGUGACACGGGCGGAUGGCCAAGUUGAAAAAUCACCAGCUGAUAUACAAACAGAGUUAAGUAAGCACCCCUGUUUCAUCAGUAUGGGCACUGGAUCUACCAGGGACGGCAGCAGAAUUUCAGAGACCAAGCAGUACUUGAAGGAUACUGGCUUCAUCGACGAGAACACUGUGAUCACAGAGAUCACUGAGUAUGAACUAGUCCCGGUGACUAGGCUGGUUAUUCGUGACAGCAAACGACUGAAGUUUAAAGACGAGAGCUCGUAUAUAGUGAAGUUCAUCAUCGACUGUGAGUAUAAUCACAGAGCCUCGAGUUUCAUUGACAGAGUCGUAGGUAACCUCUGCAAUCUCCUUGGUGAUCAGAGCAUCCACGCAGACAGCGUCCACAGAGAGAGCGGAGGCACAGCAGUGUUUGUACAGAUGUCUGCCCAGACUCAUGCCAAGCUCUGGGAGUUCUGCAAGGAUCGAUCUAGCCUGCUCGCUGGUCAGCACAUCCUCGAAGUGUCAACUGUGGACGGAGCGGUAGUUCUCAAUUUCCGUCCCACGGCAUGCAGUGGUGAAGGUUUUAAUCCUGAUGACCUGGAGCACUUGGUUGAAGAGUUCUCCGAGAGAUUUCCAUCCAUGGACCGAGAUGAGCUGUCUGAAGCUGUGGCUGACCAACCGAACGUUGAGCAUGCAAUGAUUGCAGUGACCAAGCUCGUCUUCGAUGAUGGCGGAGAAGGUUUGAAAGCGCUGCCUGAGAUUCUUGGUGGUGUGGUGGCAAGAAAGGCAAAUUCGACCGCUGCUCACGUUGACCAUGCUGAAGAGGCCAUUUCAACCAGUGUCUCUGCCAACACUGGACAUGCAGUAGAAAUCCAGGGAGCUGACGAUGAGCUGUCUCUCGGGCCGCAACCAGAGUCCCAGUGGUCUUGUCAUGGCCCUCUACCUGGUUGCGGGCAAGAUAUCCAUCGUUGCACCAUGCACAAUGGGGAUGCUUACAUUGUGUGCCAGGAAGAGAAAGAACUAGUUAUCUACCGGUCUACUCUUCCUCUCAAGGAAUGUCUUCAUUUGGAUCCUGCGAAGGCAUGGACCAAAUUCAACCCCAUUGGCCUCCCAAGCUUUUCGCGCUGGAGUUCUUUUUGUUUUCAUGAUGCAAAAAUGUACUGCGGAAUUUUCUUGCCUUCCAGUUUCCCCAAGAUCUAUGUUGUUGAUCUGCAGAGAAACUGUUGUACUAGAGAAAUACCAUGUGAUGCUAUCUCCAUGCAUGGAUUUGCAUGGUUCACUCAUAAUUGGGUGAAGGUAUUUAUCACCCAGUCAGAGCUUCUCGUGGUAUGCAUUUGGCGCAACCAUUUCUUAGAAGCUUUUUCAUUGGACACCAGGCAUGAUGCUGCAGUAUGGGUAAAAUGGGAUCCGCUCCGCAUGCCAGAGUUGCCGGAGAGGAUUUGCAGCAGUGACCGCGCUCUGUUUGUGAUACCAAAGAGCGACUCCAAUGAUACACAUUGGUCCAUCAUGAAGUUGAACGUAAGUGAGGAAAAUCCGCGAAUGCCAUCAUGGUUUGAGAUCAAAGUGGACCGCUCUGAGACUGGUGGUGUACCAAUGUUCUUUCAGUUUUCAGUUGCUGUGGCCAACACUAUAAUCCUGCCAUGCUGGUGCUAUAGCGAUGAUGGUGUAUUCGGGGAAUGUGUCAUGUAUGUUGACUGCACUACGUGUAUAGGCCAGUGUUCAGUCUUGCCGUUGCCAUCAAUUCCAGCCCCUAUCUCUCAGUUGAUGGUGGAUGGCAGUAUGAUUUUUGCACUCCUUGAUGAUGAUCACUCAGUGUUUACUCUUCAGCUGCUAUCUGACCAUUUGUAAACAUUAGUAACUGAUCAGCUUCUACGUCCUAUAGGCCAUCAUUCUGAGUAGGCACUGGCCUAGGACAGCUUAUUGUGUUUUAUAAUAAUCAUUAGUAUUAUGCUUACUUGCGUUGACAUCACCAAGCAAGCUUGGCUAGCCUUCCCAUAAGUCAAAUGAACAAAAGAAAAGAGGAACAUGAUUAUUUUUCCCGUAGCUAUGCAAAAGACGUUACUGAAGUAAGGUCUGGCGCUAGCCAGGGUCCACACAGCUUUAA